AUGGCAUCAGAAGCUAUUGCCACUGUGAGUUCAUCAGAAUCCAUCACCUCCAAGUACAACAAAGGCCAUUGGCAGUUGCAUCCGUGUCCAUCAGACGACAUUUCCGUCAAGUGCAACCACCACAGGCCAUUUCCUUGUCCAUGGCCUCUACCUUUAUCACACCAUCUUUGCUACGUCAAAUCUUCUGUGUACGUCAAUAUUAAUAAUGAGAUGGUGAAAGAGAACAAGGACAUCAAGAGAAAGAGCGCUGCGUUCCUGUCCCGUGCCGGUGAGGACCUCGUGCGUCAGUUUGAGCUGUCCCUGGAGGAUGAAGAGGAGGAGGAGACCGAGAAUGGAGUGGAUCUACAACAGGUGAAGGAACUCAACGCAAGGAUGGAAGAUCUGAAGGAGCAGUUAAUCGCCACGAAGCGAGACUUGGAGCAAGUGGCUUUAGAACGGGAUGAGGCGAGGGAGGAAGUGAUUGGGAUCUCACAGCAGGGCAAACAGUUUGCUGAUCAGUUAAUCCUUGAGAAGCACAGCCAUGAGGCCACGAAAACAGCCUUUGACUCUGAGAAAAUGGCCCACGAGUCCCUCAAGAUGUCGCUGGAGGAGAAGUCGCAGACAAUCGCUCAGUUCAGAAGAGUUUCUACGGUGGUGUUUCAAGAGCUGUUUGAGGUCAAAGGUAAAUACGAAGAGGAGGCCAUGUUGAGAGAGAAAGCUGAAAACUUCGCUGCCCAGAUGUACAAAGAGAGGCAGACGGCCGAUGCUCACAAGAGGCAGAGCAUGUUGAUGCUGAACGAAACCAUCGGACCCGAUGAGAAGAUGGAGGAAGUCAUGAACGAGGUGGACCAACUGACCAAGAAGCUCGCUGACGAGAAACAGAAACACGAGAAAGAGAUUGUGCAGCUGGAAGGCAAGCUCGCCGAGGCCCAAGACGUAGAGCACAUGGAAUCCCUGGAGACCAAGCUCAGCAUCGCCAGGGAGGAGAACGAGGCCCUGGAGAGGAAGAUCAUCGAGCAGGAGCCCAACUUCAGGAAAUUAAAGGAGAAGAUCAACGAGCAAGACAUGACAAUCAAGAAGCUGAUGGCUGAGCUGGACAAGGCGAUGUGGAAGCCCGUAGCGCCCCCACCACCGCCCCCACCUCCCCCUCCACCAGUGCCCCAUUCGCCGCUGGAAGUGCUGCGCAAAAUCAUUGGUGGACGGCGAGCUAAAGGAACACCAUCAACAAUCACAGAGUUGGAUGAAGGCAAGAAACCUGGAGAUCCUCAUCAGCAGCAAUAUGAAGCUACCAUUGACGAGAUGAUGAAUAGAAUCAAGAGUGGACGAGUCAAACUCAAACCUGUACAGACAGAGGUGAAGACGCUGCUCACUAGGAAAGGUCCUGGAUCCAUCAAGAAGAUGAGCCCGGCCAUGAGUCAGCUCAACGGAAUGCUGACUGUACUGAAGAAGACGGGAGCACAGGGAGGUGCUGCUGGAGGGUCUGACGGUUCAAGCAAAGGAGCUCCUAGCUCUGAGCUCCUCGCCAUCAUGCAGAGGAGGAGAAUGAGAUCCGAAGAAGUAGCUGUAGCAAAAGCCGAACCCACCGUCGAGUCUCAGCCCGAGAACCACGGGGUCGAUCAAUCCGAUGUAACAAAUCUUCCAGAAAAACAAAAUGGAUUGGCAACCAAGUCCAAAAAGAAGGCCCCUGUUCCAGUGCCUAGAGCGUCCCCUACAAAGCUGACGAAAAGCACCAGUUUAGACAGUGGAAUGACCACUGAGGAAACACCAUUCAAGAAAGACCGUUCGGACACUGCCAGUGUCAAGACAUGCCCCGAGAUGAGCAUCGCCGAAGAGGAAGAAGCCUACUCGGAAAUAGCCCCAGACUUGGACAAGAAGUCUGAAAUGUCGUACUCUGAAUCGGAUCCGUCGUUCAAAGGCUCUGCCUCGGAGAUCUCGUCGGAAUACUCGGAGAAAGACUCUGAUAUCUCGUCCAAUAAAGAGUCGGGAGAACUGGAGGACAUUCUCCUUCACGCCAACCCUGCUUACGAGAGCGUGGAGAGCAUUCCAUUUUCUGAAGAGGGGACGCAGAAUGAAGAGAUAGACGCCGGGGAUUAUGAAACAUUACGAGUUGGCGUCUUGCAGUCACGGAAUGCAGAGACUCUGCCCAGUCCUGUAAAUUAAAUACCAUGAUGUACCUGUUUGUAAGUUGAAGAAGACGAUUCGUUCCCCUCCUUUUUUGGGGGUAAAACAAAAGAAAUACUUGAAUUUGGGUAAAACUUGUAAAUAUUGUCAUAACUGGUUUUUAUUGUCAUUCCUGAUUUCUUGCUAACUAUUAUUAGUCUUGGGGCCGAUUUCCGGAAGAUCUAAGAUGUGUGGUUCAAUCAUAAUUCAUGCAUGACGAUCCAAGGCAGCGUGUUCCUUUAAGAUGAAUCUUAGUGCUUUGUGAAAUCAACCCCUGGAUGGUGUGAUUUUGAAAUUUUGAUGUUACCUCACAUCUUGUGAAUAUUCAGUACUCUAUAUGUUGCUAAAUGCUGUAAUUCUGUUAGUAAGAAAAAACAACAGUACUUUAUAGCAAUAAAAUUAAUUAUUGUUAAAUUAGUGGGUAUGUUGGGGGCCAUUCAGAAGAGGCCCUUUCCAUGAAAUAUGUAAAUUGCACAUUGCGCGUGCGCACCAACAUUUUGGUUGGCAAUAUGAGGGAACAUCGC